AUGGCUUCGAAACCGGAUAUUGCCUUCAUUGGCCUCGGCGCAAUGGGUUUUGGAAUGGCGACCAACCUCGUGAAGCAAGGUUACAAUGUGACUGGUUUCGACGUUUGGGGCCCGACUCUCGACAAGUUCAAGGCCGCAGGUGGUCAUGCAGCGACUACGCCCUCGGAGACGGUCAAGGGCAAGGACUAUGUAGUCUGCAUGGUUGCCACCGCAGCCCAGGCGCAGUCGGUCCUGAUCGAGGGCGACAGCCCAGCACUGCCAGCGCUGUCAAAGGGCGCCGCCGUCCUGCUGUGCUCGACGGUGCCGAGCUCGUACGUGCAAGGACUGGCAGAGCAGCUCAAGACGCUGGGCAGGGAGGACAUCGUCCUUGUCGACGCCCCAGUCUCUGGCGGAACCUACCGCGCUGCCGACGGCACGCUAUCCAUCAUGGCGGGCGCCUCUGAUGCGGCGAUUGAGCAGACGAGAUUCCUACUCGAAGAAAUGUCGGAUCCCAAGAAGCUGUACAUUGUCAAGGGCGGCGUGGGCGCUGGAAGCAACCUCAAGAUGGUGCACCAGGUGCUGGCGGCGGUGCAAAUUCUCGCAGGAAGCGAGGCCAUGGGCUUUGCUCGCCACCUGGGACUAGACCUCCCCAAGACAGCCGAGACCAUUCUCAAGUCCGAGGGCAAGAGCUGGAUGUUUGAGAACAGAAGCCCCAGAAUGCUUCAUCCCGAGUUCCGGCCGCUGGCUAGCGCUCUGACCAUUAUCCUCAAGGACACGAGCAUCAUCACCUCCGAGGCGCGACGCAUCGGAUUCCCUACGCCCCUGUCCAGCGCCGCCGAGCAGGUCUACUUUGCAGGGCUCGGCAAGGGCUACGGCCCCGACGACGACAGCGGCAUGAUUAGGGUGUACACGGAGGGCGUCGGCAAAGUCGGACCUGUGGCCGCCACGGCGCAGACCGAGGAAGACAAGCUUGCGCUGGUCGUGAACCUGCUCAGGGGUAUCCACCUGUGCUCUGCCGCAGAGUGUCUAGCAUUUGCGAAACGCCUCGGCCUCGAUCUCGACCAAGUCUUGGAUCUGUGUGUCAAUGCGGCGGGCGGCAGCGUCAUGCUGGACAAGACUGGCCCCGAGAUCUUGGGUGUCUUUGGCGCCUCGUCUGCACCACAAGGCACGGAAAGCUUGCCAAAACUCACGCAAGAAUUGCAGGACGCAGUAAAUGAGGCCCAACGGCUCAAGGUACCUGUAUUCUUGGGCAGCCAGGCCUUGAAUAUUUCGAGAUUAGCACUGUCACACAGACCAAAGACGGCCCCUGAAGCGACCUUGGGGCAGGUCGUUCGGGUCUGGGGAGUUUAG